AAACUAAGCCACUAAAUGGAAAGCACCCAUGCUUAACCACGCUGACCACGCUCAACUCGCAUUGUCUAAGCAGAGUCACUCGAAGUCGACUUGCGUUAUCGACAAAAAGCGACACAAAUGUAAUGGAAAGCAGAAAUGACACUAAUAGAAGUCGAUUCGUGUUAACUUGUGUCACUAAAUGGAAAGCACCCAAUGUGCAGCGACAAAGAACAGGCCUUCAGUCUCACUUUCAGGUGCUUUAAGAUAAAUGGAAAGCAAGAAAUAAGAUUAAUAGAUAACACAAUGAAUAAAAAUACUCGUGAGACAACGCCAGGUGAUGGUUUACGAUCGUUGCGAAGCACCACGUUAUUUCGUGCUGUCAAUUUCGAAUUGUAUGUCAAACCGAACAAAAUCAUUAUGAUUCUCGGUAUUCUAACAAUGUUGGGUUGUUCAGGGUAUAUAUUUUAUAUGAAUUCUAACCAAAACAGGAAUGAUUAUCAUACUGUAAUUAAGUCAGAUAGUACAGUAGAAAUGAUAAAAAAACCAUCCAAGUGGACUGAUUAAGUAAAGCUGUAACUAGAUAAAGACAACGGGCACAAGCUCAGGACUCAGGAUCUAUGAUGGAGGAGCGUCUUGAAAUGGCAUUAAACAAACAAUUGUCAAAUACAUUUCCAAAAUUUUAAUUUUGUUGUAUUCGUAAGCCUAAAAAUGCUAAUUUGUGUAGCAAAAAAAUUGUCGCAAAUAAAGGCCGCAUAAUCAUUUGCAAUUUACUGCAACGAAUAAACACUAUUUACU